AUGUCUGCUUCCAACUUCCACGAACGCUCCCAGAUGGCUCGCAACUCUCCUGACUAUGUACCGAGCGAGACGUCAGUACGAAACUCGCCCCUUCCUGGCCCCGGUCCUGCGAUGCGAAGCAGCCGACCGGCCUUGCCUCGAAAUGCUGUCAUGAGCCGAGAACACCCUCCCCUUUACGCUGGAGACUAUAACAACAACCUAUCCAAAGACAUGUACUGGUGGGAGAAACUCGAUGUCGAUGAUCCUGAAGAGAAAAGGGUUCUUCUUGCCAUGUAUUACGGCGAGGAACGUCAGCCCCGUUGCAACGUAUGCGAAAAACAAAACCGUGCUUGUAUGUGGUUUCUUGGGGAAGAAGAUCAGAUCAACAAGAGCUGCGUCAAGUGUCGUCGCGUACAUGCUACAUGCAAGACUAUCGGGAGCAUCGAACCGAAUGACGACCUGAGGCCGAGUAUUGAAACUCGCGAGAACACCGCCCAGCAGCGUAUCUCGUCUCACAAACACAAAGCAACCGAACCUGAUGUAACGACAUCUGUGAAGCGUACCCGCUCUUCUUUGAGGGUCUACUCAACCAGAGAGUCUACUGACGAUCAACCGGAAGUCAUCUGUGUAAGAUCUCAGGAUAAGCAGGAGGCUGAUAAGCUUGAAUUGCAUCACCAAAGCGGCUUCGAGAGGCCUUUGUACGAUGAGACUCAAUUCAACACCCUCCCUGAUCAAUCAUCUACUGCCGAUCGCAGAGGCGGUCGUCUCUCAAGCGUCACAUUAGGGGCAGACGUGCGCUAUUCGCAAGACACACCAAGAAGCCUUCUUCGCGUGCCCCCUCAACAAUCACAGGACAAUACUUUGCCUGGCUUCAGUCAAAUUGAAAAGGGGCUAUGUGCGAUCAUCGACGAGCGGUACAAGAACGAGCUUGACGGCCUCAGAGCCAUGAUCAAGAACCAGGCAGCCGACCAUCAAGCUCAACUAAUGGCCCUUCGCGCUGAUCUCACAAGAAGGGACCACAACGGAGAAGCGGUUGACGAACACCAGAUCAAGGAGUUGGAAACACAAAUCGAGACAGAGAGGGUCAACAGACGUCGCCUAGAAGAUGAGAACACCCGUUUGAAGAGCAGGAUGACCCGGCUAGAGAGUGGGCAGAAAGCAGGGUUGAACGACCUUCAGGAGCAGAUUAGGAAACUGAGAGAGGGCUUCGGCGCUAGAUACUAG